AUGUCUGCUGAUCAUUCUAGAGACCCAUGUCCAAUAGUAAUUUUGAAUGAUUUUGGUGGUGCUUUUGCCAUGGGUGCCAUUGGUGGUGUCAUAUGGCAUGGUAUCAAAGGUUUCAGAAAUUCUCCACUGGGCGAAAGAAGACUUGGUUCUGUCAAUGCUAUCAAAGCAAGAGCCCCAGUAUUAGGUGGUAAUUUCGGUGUUUGGGGUGGUCUAUUUUCCACUUUUGAUUGUGGUGUCAAAGCAGUGAGAAAGAGAGAAGAUCCAUGGAAUGCAAUCAUUGCCGGUCUAUUCACUGGUGGUGCUUUAGCUGUUAGAGGUGGCUGGAAGCAUACAAGAAAUAGUGCGAUCACUUGUGCUUGUCUAUUAGGUGUCAUUGAAGGUGUAGGUCUUAUGUUUCAGAGAUAUGCUGCUUGGCAAGCAAAACCCAUCGCACCACAACUUCCUGAUGCAGGUUCAUCUCCUCAGCCAUUACAAGCUUAA